UCCUGUUUGAUUUUAUUGGACAAGAUGAAAUGGCCAGUGAAGUUUUUAAGGUCAGGGAAGCUGCAUCUUCAAAAGAUGUUGAGAGCACUUCUGCUGGGUCAAUUGCAGAUCAUGGCAUAAAACCAUCCUCUACUUUGUACGUCCUUUGGAUGUCAGCUUUGGAUAAUCUGGAAAUACAUUGUGACCCGGUAAACUUUACCCAGCCUUCAGAAGCUCCUCCCUUUGCUCAGUCUUCAAUGGCUCUGUCCUCAGUCCAGGCUCCAGUUGCUCCGCCCUCUGCCCAGCCUCUAUUGGCUCCGCCCUCUGUCCACCCUCUAGUGGCUCCGCCCUCUGUCCACCCUCUAGUGGCUCCACCCUCUUCCCAGCCUCUAGUGGCUCUGCCCCCUGCCCACCCUCUAGUGGCUCCGCCCUCUGCCCAGCCUCCUGUUGUUCCUCCCUUUGCCCAGACUCUAGUUUCUCUAGCCUUUGACCAGGAAUCAGACAUUUUCCUUGAAGACCAGUCACCACUUAGUCCUCUAUCUCCCCAGUCAUCAGUCAUUGAUCUUACAGAUCAAGAGAGGUCUGUUUCCCCUACUCUUUCCCACCAGGAUUCCCCUCUUCACUAUGUGGCACCUAUAGAUGAGGUUGACCUACAAACCAUUCUAAAAAAACUGCUUAGUAAAGUUGAUGAAAACCUCUGCCCAACAGUGAACCAAAUCAACAUAUGCAGAGAAAACAUACUGCAGUGCAGUCUGCAAGCAUUUAAGCGGCGAAGAUUUAACCCAGAAGCAAAACUGGAUAUAGUUUUUGUUGAUGCUGAGCAGAAAGGUGAAGGGGCAGUGGAUGAAGGUGGCCCGUCAAGAGAAUACAUGCGACUGUUGAUGCGAGCCAUCCAUCAGUCAAAGAUUUCCCAGGGCCAUGAGAAAGAUCGGAGUUUGGCUCUUGACACUCAAGAAGGGGAGUGCAAUGCAGUCACUCUGGAGAUGAUCAUGGAGUUUGCCACUGGAGCCUACACAGUGCCACCGCUGGGUUUCCCCCACCACCCACAAAUAGAGUUCCUCCAUCAAGAUGGAAAAUUUUUUCCAGAGGCCAAUACUUGCCUCAUUGUACUUCGCCUGCCAAUACACACGGAGUAUGAAAUGUUCAAGAAACACAUGACGGAAGGAAUUGUGCAGAGCCCAAGUUUUGGUGUUGCCUGAACUAGUUUUAAUCUAGACUAGAACAGUUAAGAAAAAAAAAGAUAAAUAGGUCAUGAUCUACACAGACAUAAUGGAUAUCUCAUGUUUCUUAAAACUGUUUUAAUGUUAGCUUUUCAUAUAAAGUACAUAAAAUAACUUUAGGUGCAGUUACUGCAGAGUAGACCUUAUUGUU